CACCCGCUCUUCACCGACCUGACCGGACCAGGACAAUCCAAAACAAGCAGUCACGCAGCGUGUUCAUAAACCCGUCCAGCAGCCACAACCGACGCUUCUACAACAAUCCAUUGCAGCUGCUCUUCCAUACCCCACAAAUCCCCCUUUUCAAAGAUUCGCGCUCACCCUUCCUCUGCAAACACUCGCGACAAUGUCUGAAUCAUUCAUGUCCAUCACCCCCCCAAGCUCCUACCCACCAACUCCACCAAACACUGCUGAUGGCCACACUCGUACGAGCAGCCUUGCAUCAGACGACUCCGACUCCAGCCCCACUCGCGCUCUUAGCAACCCUCUACUGACCUCCUCAAGCCCUUUCGGCUCUGACGAAGGGCGCCGCCCACCUCGCAACGUUGCCCACGUUAACUUUGGGGCCAUUCUUACCCAAAUCCAAGAGGAGAAUCCAGGCAAGUUCUACGAGCUAUCGACUGACGUGCCUGACAACUCGCCACACAACACGAACGAGCCUGGUUCUCCUCACGCCAAUGGCCUGGACCUUCCAAAGGUCAAUGAGCUGCUCGAGGAACUGACAGAAAGCUCCGCAAGCAGGGCCGGCUCUCCAGCGCCGUCAGGUUUUGGAGACUCAGUUCAAAGUAAGUCUCACUCCUUACCUUGUUGUUUCAAGUAGUCCUUGUUUUGCCCUUCUCUGUACCCUCACCUGAGGUCGUGGAACCUUCAAAGCUAGAGAGCAGCGAGCAGACAGAGCGGAAGCAGCAGCACGAACGAUACAAAGGAGAGCCAUCGACAGCUAGUAAACCAAAGGACCCGCAACAACAAUUUUGUCAAUUCGCUUUGGCCUUCCAGCAUUCUUGGUAAGCCAUGAAUCGUAGCAGCCGCUCACCCUAUUCUAGGUCUCGCCUCUGAGCCACUCUACAUGGCUAUCCGUCCAAAGUCAGCUUUUCGCAAGAGCAACUUGAGCAACGAAGUCCCUACCGCCGACUUAUUCCGCGCACCAGGAUCGCCUCCUAAGACACCAGUGGGUUAUGCCGGCUCCACCGUCGAGACCCGAGAGUUUUCAGACUGGGCCAAUGACAUUGAAGCCGACCUUCAUAACGGCCUCAGACGUCUUGCUAACCUCGCUAACGACGACUGGCAGCGCGACCCCUCCCAGUCCCGUGGGGAACACUAUCGCAAAAGAUUGUUGCGUCUCCUCAGCGAUACGACACUUCCUAUUAUUUUAAAGAUUUCCCACCCAACUGUCGUAUGCCAAGAUCUCGAGACGGAGUACGAUGGACUUACUGGCACUUGGGAAAUCACAAAUCUGUGAAUGACACCCCAUGAGACUAGCAUGAUGCACCAAUUUAUCAUAAAUCAGUGACGAUUCGAAGAAAUGGAGUUCAGGGUUUCUUUCAUUUGGCCUUUCAACUGUAAUGUGGAUGGAAAUUCUUCAAAAUGAGGCCCGAGACAUUCGCAAGAGCGAGGACGUACAAGCUACGUUUGUCCUCUUCUCAGCUUGCAUGCUCAUAUAUGUGCCUGUAGCUCACAAGCAAAUAGUGGGAUGAGUGGGAAGCAAUGUGACCUCUUGUCGCGAUGCUUGCCUCAGCCAUACGUUUCAAUGGCGUGCAUUCAUUUGUGAUGAAAAAAUCAACAAAUAGCAAAGGUCUACUACACGA